AUGACGAAUCAUGUUCCAAACAUUUGGGGUGAUAUUUUCUCUAACUUCACUAUUGACGACAAGGAACAAGAAAAAAAUGCAGCAGCAAUCGAAGCAUUGAAGCAAGAAGCAAGAUGCAUGCUAAUGGAAGAAACAACGCCUCUCAAUCAAAUGAUAUUGAUCGACACACUCGAGCGUUUGGGAUUAGCCUACCUUUUCGAGAUAGAAAUCGAACACAUACUCCAACAAAUCAACAAUGCACAAGUUCUCCAACAUUGCGAUUUAUUCGCUACAUCACUUGGAUUUCGUCUGCUUAGGCAACACCGUCACCACAUUUCUUGCAAUGUUUUCAACAAGUUUGUUAAUGGAGAUGGCAUGUUUGAAGAGGAAAACGACGACGUGGAGGGCGUAUUAAGCUUGUAUGAAGCAGCUUAUGUUCGAUUUCACGACGAAGAAAUAUUACAACGGGCUGAGGUUUUCUCAAACAGUUACCUGCGACGUAUCGAAGCAGAGUUAGAGUCACCUCUUAGAGAGAAAGUGAAGAGAGCUUUGGAGCACCCUCUUCAUAGGAGUAAUACAAUGGUCUAUGCUAGGAUUUUCAUCUCUAUUUAUGAAAAGGGUGACUCCAAAAAUCAACUUCUUCUCAAACUAGCAAAAUUCAACUUCAAUUUUUUGCAGAAUCUGUACAGGAAAGAGCUCUAUAUUCUAUCCAGAUGGUGGAAGAAAUUUGAUCUGAAAUCAAAAUUAGCAUAUGCAAGAGAUCGAGUGGUGGAGGCACAUCUUUGGUGUGUGGCAUUCCAUCACGAACCUCAGUAUUCUCGUCUUCGAAUAGGAUUCGCGAAAGGCUUGCAAGUUAUCACAAUCAUGGAUGAUACUUAUGAUAACUAUGCUACACUUAAAGAAGCUCAACUUUUUACUGAAGUCUUAUGCAGGUGGAAUAUCGAUGAAGCUGAGAGACUUCCCGAAUACAUGAGAAUUGUAUAUCUAUUCAUAAUGAGUGUAUAUGAAGACUAUGAACUCGAGGCAAAGCAACUUGGGAAAGGAUUUGCAGCUCCUUAUUUCAAACAGACAGUGCAACAACUUGGGAAGGCUUACAAUGAAGAGCUAAAGUGGCUUAUGGAAAGAAAAGUGCCUUCAUUCCAAGACUAUCUUCGAAAUUCGGAGAUAACCAGCUGCAUUUAUAUCAUGUUUGCUGCUACCAUCCCUGGCUUGAAAUCUGUAACACAACAAACCAUUGAUUGGAUCAACACUCAACCCAAACUCGUGACCUCAACUGCUAUGCUCGGUCGAUACUGGGAUGACCUUGGCUCUCACCAUCGUGAGAGCAAAGGAGGCCAAGUGGUGACUAGGUUGGAGUGCAACAUGAAACAACAUGGCGUAACAACAAAGGAAGAGGCAGCCUCUAAGUUUGUGGAACUGAAUGAGGAGGCCUGGAGGGAUAUAAACCGAGAACUAGUUGAGACGACGUCGUCUGUGGCUAAUGAAAUCGCUGUCGAAUUUCUCAACUAUGCUCGAGGCUGUGAUGCCACUUACAACAUCAACAAUGGAGACGCUUACACAGAUCCUAAACUUGCUAUGUCAAAUGUUGUUGCCCUCUUUCUUCAACCAUUACUAUUUUGAUUCAUUUGCAUACUCAUGUCAUAGCUUAUAGUAUUAGUAACCUGCUGCAUACCAUUUGGGCAAAAAGUUCAUGACCUAUAUAUCAAUAUGUAUCUUGAGAAUUUUAUUUAAUAAUAGUAAUAAUCAUAUUU